UGUUGUAUGAUGACGUCAACACUGUGCGCCGCGGAAGCUUGACGUCCCAUUGUCCACACGGCUAUGUUUACCGUCUAGUUGACUGCUGGAGCCCUUUGUGUUGCUGCGUAUUUGUGGUCGUUGCCUCAUUCCAGAAAGUAUUUGCUGGCUUACGUUUGUACUUGUCAACAUGGAGUCUGCAGAGACAGCCGAAGAGAAGACCAGCUCCAUUUCAGUGGCACAACGUAGAGCAGAGAUCCGCAGGAGGAAGCUGCUCAUGAAUUCAGAGGACAGAAUGAACAGGAUUGUAGGCUACGCUAAAAACGAGUCUGAAAACAAUGGAGCAUCUCGACGUCCAACAGAGCCCCGAUUUCACCUUGACCUUGAUAGAACAGAGCAGUGGUCUUCUUCCUCAUCUUCACCCAGGCCAUCUCCCUUCCUGCCCGAGGCUUCUGGGUAUGGAAGUCGCUCCCACAGUGCCACCCCAGAAAGACGGGGCUCACCGCUGCCAGGCUGCAAUGAGUCACCUGUAGCUUCGCUGGAGGAUGACAUCGGAGUGUUACGCCAGAGACCCAGAGGAGAGCGGGUGUCAGAUGACCUCAGUGGCUCUCCACGCCGAGGAUUCCAGACGUAUCUGUCUUUUGAUGAUGCUAUGAAGCUGGCCAACAAUAAACCACCCCAGGACGAGGAAUCUGAUUCCGAGGAGUUUGACACCUUCAGAGUCUUUAGGCUGAUUGGCAGCAUCCUCCUUGCUAUUUUUGUCAGGCUUUUUGUUUGCAAAUAUUUGUCUAUAUUUGCUCCAUUUCUGACUCUUGAACUUGCCUACAUGGGGUUGUCAAAAUACUUCCCAAAGGUGGAGAAGAAGACCAAGACCACCGUACUCACGGCUGCCCUGCUGCUGUCCGGCAUCCCAGCCGAGGUCAUUAACCGCUCAAUGGACACAUACCGGAGGAUGGGCGAUGUCUUCUCUGAUCUCUGCUUCUAUUUUUUUACCUUCAUCCUCUCUCAUGAGAUACUCCUCUUCGUGGGCUCAGAGACUCCCUGAUGAAGAAAUGAACCUCUGUAACACACCGCUCCUCCUUCUUUGACCCCAACCUUUGUUGCCCAAAGGAAAGCUCAGUCACAACUCUGUUCCAGAUCGUAUCCCUGUGGCCUAUUUUGAUUGCUUGUAUUUUGGAGUGCUCGAUUUGUUAAAAUGUUAAAAUCACAGGCAGGUAUUUAAAUUAUAAACACAUCUUUAAGUGUUAUGUGGCUUGUUGCUAAUUCAAAAAAUACAAAAUUCCACUCAAAUACAGCUACUACUUAUAUUCUGACUUCGGACUGGGCAUACGGAAGUACCCGAAUGCAGUAUCAGUUACAGCCACUACAUGCUGCUAAUUCUGCUGCAUAUUAUAUCAAUCUGUCACUAGAAAUGUCAGGACAUACAUUUCCUAAUAAAGGAGCUCUUACCUUUUGAAAAUUAGUUCUUCAGUGUAGAACUUUGUGUGGGAGCAUAUAUAUAUAUAUAGAGUGUAUAUAUAUAUGCACCCACACAAAGUUCUACUUCUGUGUGUCAAGUGUAGUUCACAUUAUGUUUUUCUAUAACCUGAGAAAAUGUGCACCCAUUACAGCUUUUACUGUGUGAUGGGGCGUAAUGUAGUUUGGAUGAAUGUAAUAAGUUUCUGUCUGGCAUUUGAUAGUCAGAUAGCAUACCUAACUGUUGUCAAUGGAUGUCGCUGUGGCACAGAUAAACUGACCAGUUGGACUGCUACAGAUCAUACAGACUGCUUCAUUUCAGGAAUGCAUGCCACAUGAACAAUGCUCCCAAAAACUUCUUUGUGAGUAUAUUAUUUGUUCAAUUUAAAAAAAGUUUUGAUUGCACCUAAUUUCUCAAUGCAACGAUUGGCGUGGAAGACAGUGAAUUAGAGUCAGAUCAAUAAACAAAAGAACACAUUUUAGAAGUGAAUUCUGGAGCUUGUCCAUCUGCUGCACUCAGUCCCUUUUCUCUUCUUCUAGUCUCAAGUUCAGGUGCAGAGUAAUACUACUGAUGCCUCAUACAGAAGGAGAAUGCAUGUAGUGUUAUAGAGUAUGUUGGUCUGUUGUGUCAAAGAUGUGUGAAUGGUAAUCGAAAGCUUUAAAAAAUCAUGUAGGAGAAACGCAUCAUUCUUGAUAAAUAAUGGCUGACUGUCAGUCAGUGACUGAAUUAAAUAACAAACGUAAAGGCAUCGUUGGAAACAGGCGACUUACUUUCCUUCACAGUAAAUGUAGUUACAUUUUAGAAGACACACUCAUUACUUCUGGUGUCUGAUUAAAUUGUGUAAUUAUCCUUUUAUUACAGUAAAAUAUGUAAUUACUGUCAGAGAUAUGGUCAGUAGAUUUUUUGUUUGUUUGGGGUUUUUUUUUUUUGCAAUUUAAGCUGUGAAGACAGAAAUAUUUAGACCUUAAAUAUGGGGUGAAAUAUUUUUGCACGGCUUCCUGACAUCCUCUGUGUCUAAGUUGGUGAUAAUGUGUGAUUGACAGGGAUGUUUUGUUAUUUUCUAACUCUUAAGUGUUGUUUGGCAGUGGGAUUUACCUGGUAUCCUUCAAGGCCGGAGCUUCUGUGUGCUCAGUAACUCUGGUGACGUGUGCUGCUUCAAGCCUCAUUAAUACAAACAAUAUACUCUGUUGUUUAAGUACACAAGCGUGUACUUUUAUUUAAGUUAAUUUAUUACUGUGAAUAUUCUUUUCUGUGAAUACAUUUGUGUGAUCUACAGUAAUGAACAACCUCUCUGAUCUAACUGUUUAUAUUAUUGUUUGCAAACCGACUGUUUUUCAUUGCUCUAACAUAUUUGAAAAUAAACAGCUUGGGUUGAAACUAAAACA